ACAUAUAUAUAUAUAUAUAUGUAUAUAGAUAUAAGUAUAUAUAUGCAUAAGUAUUCUGUUAAACAGUAUAUUAUGAUGCUGUCCUGUCUUGUUAGUUAGUAUACAGAUUUUGAGUCCAGCUGCUUAUGUCAGUUUGUGUGUAUUUCUUAAAAACUUUGGGCGCAUUGCCGUUCUUGAGUAUUCGCCCCGAAGACUGCCCCAAUAAGUCUGCAAUUGUAGGGAGAUUAUUAAGCUUUGUUCGUAGGUAAUUUUAUGGACACUCAGUUAGUAGCAACAUAAAAAUAUCUUGUUGGAAAAAUUGGUUGUACUCCUGAACUUCAGGUUCUGAAUUGAAGGAAAGUACCUUUGCAGAACUCUGCACACAUGUGUGGAUAUCCGAGAGAUGCAAUUAUCACCGGUUCCGACACUAAUGUUUAGAAUCUGUUCUAAAGUAACAGAAGGAAAAGCUGUAACCUAGUUUAUGGGUAGUUUGUAAACUUUCUUAUUUGGAAAAGUAGUAUUGGCUCAUGCUGACUCAAUCUCGUUUGAAGUUCGUCAGCUUGCAUCAUUUUUGGUUGGUUUCGUUAUAUAUGACUAUCAGUCAGCCAGUCAUUCUACUUCGACUGUGAGACAUAACUAACGAAAGCAUAAUCUAUGAAUAUAUCAACAGUCCUAGACCAUGUGUGCCUUCGUUCAGUGCAUUGUGUUAUGUAGGUUAGUAACCAGUCGAACAAAAAUAGGCAAAUCCUGGCUAAAGAAUGGUAAUAAUGGGAAAUUAUUGCCCGAAGGUUAAAAUGGGAAAACGGUGGCCAAAUAAUGGGAAAUGCUGAUUAUAUUUUGGUUGAGAUAGAUAAAAUUGUCAUAUAAGCAAAAUUCGCCUACUUCAUCUUACUACUGGCCAUGCCCGUUUUUCACUAUUUCUCCAAAUUGGGUGUGAUCAGUAGCUUCGGAGUUAGGUGUUGAAUGUUAGGUAAGGAGGCAAAAUCAGUCGAUGAGGUCUUAAAGCAGUAUCCAUGAAAACGACUAGCCUAGUUGCCUGAAAUGUAAUUAAGCAAGAGUUAUAAAUAGUUAGAUUUGAAACAUGGCGACAUUUCAUGAAGUUCAUACACUUCGGUUUGAGCUGCACAUGCCGAUGUGGAUUACCCAGUUAAGAUCUUCGAAAUGCUGAAAAUCUGCUUGUAGAUAAUGGCAUAGACUGUUGUCAUCCAGAUUUUGGAAGGCUACGCUGAUUAUUGUUUCACCAUGCGUCUAUUGCAGUUCCAAUUUACCUCUAAUCCCCAUUUUUGCAUACGGCUCAUCUCAAUGUAAUAACAUGGGCUGAUGUAGUUUUGUGCGAUGCUCUACUCUUUUUUGUCAGUUAGGUCGGUCAUUGUAAUAUUCCCUUUACCACUCUAGUAAUUUUAAUAGCUUGCAUACUUUAAGACAACUGUCUCCAUAUGGCCCUUAUUUUGUUAUGCCUUAUAACUUGCUCAGGUGCUGUCAAAAAUGCUGGAAGAAAAUGUGUGCUCAAACUGCCUGAAGCAAAGUGAUGUUCACCUCGUUUGUCUUGAGUGUAGUCGUGUACAGCUUUGUAUUCCUUGCUAUUGUUAUGGAGCUGAGUCUGGGAUGCACAAGAAGAAUCAUGGUUAUCGCAUUGCGAGGUCUACAUUAUUACCUAAUUCCGUACUUGAAGGUUGGAGUUCUGAAGAAGAAUUGAACCUUUUGGAAGCCUUAGAACAGUAUGGAAUCGGAAACUGGUUAGUGUCCUCAUUACUGAAUAGCCCAUUGUUUUAGGGAGGAUAUAGCCAUAAAAGUAGAAACCAAAAGUGCUGAUGAGUGCAUGCGUCAUUAUUGCAAUCGUUAUUUGAAUGAAGUUUUUGGCUUAGAAUUAUUAAAUGAUAACAAAUAUUCUUCUCGAAUCACAGACCAUACAAACUACAAUAUAGUGUCGUCUCCAGUACAAUCAUAUUCUACAUAUAUCGAUAUUGAGGAUCAACAGCUGUUAGGUUAUAUGCCAAAUCGUGGUGAUUUUGAACGAGACUAUGACAAUGAUGCUGAAAGUAUUCUCUGUCGUUUGCAUCCAAGUUUCUCCCACGAUGAUCUCGAAGAUGCUUUGAAAGUUGCACAAGUCAAUAUAUACAUGCAGAGAUUACGGGAACGUCAGAGACGUAAAGAGAUUGCUUGUGAACAUUCCUUAAUACCGCAUAUCUUGGCGUUUAUUCUAAAUAAACGUGUCAAAAAACGUGCACCUGUAGGUGAUGUUAUUAUAGAAAAUACGCCUAUAAAAAAGAGACCUCGUGGACGUCCGCCAUCAGCAAAUAAACUAUUAAUACAGAGUAAGCUGAUCAAUAAAACUACACCUGUUACAAGAAUAUCUAACCUUCACGAGUCUGUAAAUAAGGAUCCCGGUAAGAAACCACCUCCAAAUAGUUGGCUAGCUGCUCCUUUCAUUCUUCAGUCUUCAGGACCAACAAAGGGUGCACCGAUUAUAGUAAAUACUCCAUCUGAUGUUACAAGUGAUCAUCACAUGACAAAUGAGUGUAAAGGUGAAUAUGCGUCGACUAAUUGCAAGAUACGAACAGGAAACUCUAUUGGAGAUUUUAAUGGAUUUUAUUUAAAUGAAAAGUUGAAACCAUUUCUAAGAUAUUUUACUGGCAUGCAAGGCAAACAUUUUAUAGAGAAUCUUUAUAAAGAAGAGUUACUUAAGCAUGAAAUAAAGUAUCUACUGGAAUUACGAGCCAAAGGAAGGACGCAAUUUAUGAGUAUGAAAAUUAAAUUUCCAUUAUUCAAAAGUUCAGUAUAUCAUCAUCUUCGAAACAGAAGUAUCACUGAUCAACCUGCAGAACAAACAUCAAUAACCAGUCCAGGACAUGGGAAUGGUCGGGACCAGCAGCUACAACAACAGCAUUCACGUCGUUUCUAUCAAGUGAAAAAGAAACGACGUCGACAUACAAAUACACCAUGGUAUAUGAAAGUACAGCGUAGAGUUAAACAGUAUAAAUAAUAAUUGUUGUUACUCUGUCUCUCUUUCCAUCUCCUCUUCAUCUGUAUCUUGCUUAUUUCCUUAUUAAUUGUUUAUAUUCAUCAUAUUAUAUUUCUAUAUUAUUCAGAGAAGAUUCAAUAUAUAUUUGUUUUUUUUAUACCAACUAACACCAAGAUUCAAGUGUACUUUUGCAUUUAUUACCCUAUAUAAUAAUUAUUAUUAUUUUAUAGUCAUUAUUCAUUAUUUGAAGAAGAAAAACAAUAGUUUAUUCCCUAAUGUACCAUUUCUAUCUCUAUUCUCAUUUAUUAUUGUCAUAAUUAUAAAAAUAUUGCUUAAUAUAUUUGCG